AUGACUGGAAACAACCAAACUUUGAUAUCGGAGUUCCUCCUCCUGGGUCUGCCCAUCCUGUCAGAGUAUCAUCUCCUGUUAUAUGCCUUGUUCCUUGUCAUGUACCUCACCACUGUCUUGGGGAACCUACUAAUCAUUGUUCUUGUUCAAUUGGAUUCCCAUCUCCACACACCCAUGUACUUGUUUCUCAGCAAUUUGUCCUUCUCGGAUCUCUGCUUUUCCUCUGUCACAAUGCCCAAAUUGCUUCAGAAUAUGCAGAGCAAAGUACCAUCUAUAUCUUAUGUUGGUUGUCUGACACAGCUGUAUUUCUUUAUGGUUUUUGGAGACAUGGAGAGCUUUCUUCUUGUGGCCAUGGCCUAUGAUCGCUAUGUGGCCAUCUGCUUUCCUUUGCAUUACACCAGUAUUAUGAGCACCAAGUUCUGUGCUUCACUAGUGCUACUACUGUGGAUUCUAACAAUAUCUAAUGCCAUGAUGCACACCUUGCUCAUGGCUAGACUGUCUUUUUGUGAGAAGAAUGUGAUUCUCCACUUUUUCUGUGACAUUUCUGCUCUUCUGAGGUUGUCCUGCUCAGACACUUAUGUUAAUGAGUUGAUGAUAUUUAUCAUGGGAGGGAUCAUCAUUAUUAUUCCAUUCCUACUCAUUGUUAUGUCCUAUGUAAGGAUUUUCUUCUCCAUUCUCAAGGUCCCAUCUACCCAGGGCAUCCACAAGGUCUUCUCCACCUGUGGAUCCCAUCUGUCUGUGGUGUUUCUGUUCUAUGGAACAAUUAUUGGUCUAUACUUAUGCCCAUCAGGUAAUAAUUCAACUGUAAAGGAGAGUGUGAUGGCUAUGAUGUACACAGUGGUGACUCCUAUGUUGAACCCCUUCAUCUACAGCCUGAGGAACAGAGACAUAAAGAGGGCUCUAAUAAGAGUUAUCUGCAGUAAGAAAAUCUCUCUUUUAUGGCAGUCCUUUGGAUUGAAUUUUUAA